AUGUAAACCCUAAGAACUAAAUAAAUAAAAAAUCAAGGAAAUUGGAACAACUUUUUCCCUAGCGUUAACAAUGAAUAAUUUGAAAGCAACUAGUGCAAUGAGAGAUUAAAUAAUGUUUCCUACAAAACUCAAAAUCAAAUUUAAAAUGAUUAAAAAAAAGAAGAUUGGAAUGGUGAGUACUUCUAUGUUGAAAUCAAUUAAAUAUCCAUUCCAAUUCCUACAUUUGUUAACCUCGCAACAAAAAAUAAACUCAUACAAACCAUUUAAGAAGUUUAAUAACAAGUAGAUAAUCAUUUAAAUAUACCUUCUUUGAAAUAAUAAAUCUUAGAUAAGAUGUACAAAGAUUUUGUGAAUAAGAAUUGUGAACUAUUAAAAGAAAUCAACAACACUCCAUUAAAUAACAAAACUCCUGGUAGUAAGAAAUAGAAGAAAAAUAUUAAAAAUCAAGUAGUUGAUUCAAAUCCUUCUUUAACAAUCCACAUUGAAAAUCAAAAAAAAUUAUUUUAAUAAAAUCCUCAUCCAAACACAUAAAAUGAUGAUGUUAAAUCUGAUAUAACAGCUAGAGAAAGCUUUACUUAGAGAUAUGAAGUCAUUAAUAAAAACUUUUCAGCUAAUUAAGCUGAUGAAUUUAGAUAAUUUGUUAAUAAUGUAUUUAUUACAAAUAUUAAGUAGAGUAAUUAGCUAUAAAAUUACAUACAAUAAUAUUUGAAAAACAAGGAAACUAAAAAUAAGACAAAUAAUAAUAAAUACCUCUACUUGUUUUGUAAAGAGGAUUACAUCUAUGAUGCAAAAUUUAUAGAAGAAACAUUAAAUAGCAUUUAUAGAUUUGGAGUGGAUAGAUGCAAAAUCUAGAAAAAUUAAAACUAAAUAAUAAUGUCUGAAACUAUAAGAAUUAAUUUCUAAGAAAGAAAAACUUUGAAAACUAUCAUAUACUCAAUUUUGCAUCAUAAUCUUUGCAAACAAGAUUAAAAGUCAGCUAAAUAAUAUAUCUACAAAACUUUAGCUCAUAUCAAUCCAAAAAUCAAAGGUUUUGAAUAAGAAAAUUAUAUUCUAAGAUAAAUAUUCCUACUUUUCUUGUAAAUAAUAAUAAUCAAUUCCGACCAUAGUAACUAAACUACUGAAUUUUUAGAUAAUAUCUUUUAAUUUGAGUUCCUGUCUUCUUUACUAUGUGAUUAUCUUUUAUUUUCUGCCAAAAAGAUUCUGAAAAUAAAAAAUCAUACCAAUUAAAACCAUGAUCUUAAUACUUUAAUAGAUUAACUUUCAAAAGCAAAUGAUUUUAAUUUGUAUUUGUUCAGCUUGAAAUAGGCUGAUUGUAAAAAAUACUCUUAUGCUAAUCACAAAUCUCGCGAAAUAUUUAUUUAUUUUGAGCAAUCUUUACAAUAAAAUGAUAAUUAGUCAGUAUAUUACGUAAUUAAUCCUAACGAUUAAUUAGUUUGUUUCGCAAAUAGUGCUUUUUGA